AUGCCCUCUCAACGUCGUUAUAUCUGUUCAUUUUGUGCUAGACCAUUCUCCAGGUCAGAACAUAAAUCAAGACAUGAAAGAUCUCAUACCAAGGAAAAACCAUUCCAUUGUGAUCAAUGUUCAAGUUGUUUUGUUAGAAGAGAUUUAUUACAACGUCAUUUAAGAACUGUUCAUUCUAAAGAGAAAUUGAUUAAAAAGCAGAAAAUUGAAUCAAUAAUACAAGAACAAGCUGAUCCAGUUGUUAGUGCUUCAAAUAUUCAUAUGGAUGAUGAUAUAUUCCACUAUAAUCAAGAUUCAAUAAUAACUAUAUUAACAUUAUCUAAAAAAUUUCAAUCAAAGGAGAUCUUGAACUGGGCAACUUGUCAAAAUUUCAAACUACCAAUAGUUUCCAAUAAGUUAUUAUCAUCAUUAGAUCAACACUUAGAUUUAUUAUAUGUUAUCAAAGCAUUUGGUAUUAUUGAACAUGAUCCAAAACAAGCUGAUUUUAUGUUAUCCAAAGCAUGGUCAAUAAUAUCAACUAUACCACAUCCAAGAGAUUCAAUAACUUCUUUAACAAUUAUUGCAUACUUAAUGUUAAACCACAACAUAAAUUUCAUACCAAUUGGUAUUAUAAUGAAUAAAUUAAAUGAAUCAACUUGUUUCUUGGUUGAAAAUGAUAUGAUUUUAUUUAAUUAUUGGAUAAUUUAUGAUUUAUUAAGUGAAUAUUCAUUCCAUUUUAAUAAAUUACCAAUGGGGAUUCAUGAUUUAGUCCUAGAGAAAUCAUUACCAAAUACUAACAAUUCAUUAAAAUUAAUUAUAAAUUCAUUUACUAAAUCACAAAAAGUUGAUAUACCACAAGAUUCUCAAAUAUUGAUUAAUUGUUUAAAGAAUGAAAUUCAAUGUUUGAAAUUUAAUUCAAAAAGUUUAAUGUUUGAUAAUCAUGAAGUUUUACAUAAUGUGAUUAUAAUGUUUACAAAAUCAUUUCAAUCUAAAUCCAUAAACCAAGGGACCCAAGGAACACCUAUAAAUGAUUUAAUAAAUCUUGAAAAAAGAUACCUUUUGUUGAAUUGUCCCUUAAAAUUCCAAGAUUUGAUUAAUGAAUACUUAACACCAAUAACAUCUAAAUCAUGGGAUAUAUUAUAUUUGAACUUGUAUGAAUUUAAUAAUAAUUUUAAUCCAAUUUCAAUAAAUCAAAUCAUCAAGGCAUCAAAUCAUAAUGAAAGAUUAGAAUUAAUGCAAAAUUAUAUGGAUUCAUUAAAUUUAUCAAAGUUUAAUAAUAAUUUAGGUAUUUUGGGUAUACCAAUAAUCUUCCUAAGUAAGAUUCAAGAUUUUAAACCAAAUUUUAAGUAUUCAAAAGAAUUGAUUAUUGAAUUUUUCUUGAUCCUGUUGAAAGUAUUCCAAUCAACAACAGAGGUUGAUAAUCCUGUUAUACAAAGUCUUGAAUAUUUGAUUAAUGAAAUAAAUCCAAGUUCUGAAAACAUUCAAACAAAGAUUAUAAGAUGUUUUGACAAAUGGAUUGGAAAAUUGAAAUUAUCUUGGGAUUUAACAAGUUUGAAUCAAACUAAUAAAGUGACUAGUCCAAUUUCACCAAUAAGUUCAAUUGAAUUAUUACCAUCUUUAUCAACAUCCUCAACAUCCUCAUCCAUCUCCUCAACAUCAUCAAUCAUGAAUGAACAAAAUUAUAAUUUCCAAAAAAUGCCAGGUUCAAUUAAUCAAAAUGAUGUUUUUAAAAGUUCAAGAUUUGAUAUAGAAAUGGGGAAAAUUAAAUUACCACCUUUAAAUAUUGGAUCAAUUGGUUCAAUUAAUGGAAUUAAUGGAAUUAAUCAAGAUUUUAAUUCAAGGUUUGUUUAA